AUGAGUUCAUGGGAAAGCCUGCUAAAGACUGCGGCAGGUGACUACAAUGACGGGAAUUUUAAGGACUCAUACUUUAACUAUAUGAAGGCAGCAAAUGUGCUGAUUCAAAAACUUUCUACAGAGGUUACCUUUGCGACUCGAGAUACUGUAAAGAGCAAACCAAACGGUAGUUAUUUGUUCCGACAACUAAACCAGUGCUUGCAACAUGCCGAAGAUAUACUUCAUAACAGAACCAUUAACGGUUCUCUUCCUUCCCCGCAACCAUCCUGUAUCUCCGAUAUUAUCCCUUCAUUGCCGAAUAUUAAUUCGGCAGCAAAUAAUUUGCCACUAAUUCCAUUUUCGCCCCUCACGCGACAAUCAAUCAAUUACAUGCAUAAUCUUGCAAGCGCAUCAAACAAAGUCACUGUGGCUAAACAAAGAUCUUCGGAUGGUUCGGAAAAUCAACAGAUUCGUCGUCUCAAUGAUGAUGUGCGUGUUCAACGUUCGAAAUUAGACCAGGUUAACGUGCAAAUUCAAACGAUUUCUACAGUGACACUGUUAUACUGGGACGUUGAAUCGGUCGCUAAGCAACUGACCAUUAUUGAAUAUAAAUUAUUCGAGAAGGUGGAAGAUUUUAAAAAAGACUUAACGACAAAGGAUCGAAAAAAUUCAAAGGCACAAGCAUGUUUGGAUUUCCAUCGAUAUUUGACAAAUAGUCUCACCCACCAAUUUAUUAUCUACGCAGAUAACGCUCGAACAUCAUCCAGUUCACAUAAAAGUUCUCAACAAACAAGGGAAAAUAUUAUCGCUCGCGGAAUAAAAAUUGCAUAUAUUUUAUUGCAUGUGUAUCGAAAUUUCAAUAGUUUUGCCGCGAUAGUGAAAGCUUUAAGUUCACCAGAAGUGCGUAGAAUUAAACGUCUGUGGGUUAAUAUUCCAUCUCGUUUAAACCAAAAGUUUAGAGAGCUAGUUAGUUAUAUAAAUCCAGCAAAUGAUUAUAAAGCAUACCGAGACAUACUCGCUCAAAAAAUCGAAUUGUUUCGGGAUAUUCAAACAAAGGAUGUAAUGAUCGCUAUACCUUGGAUGCAAACCCACUAUGAAGAAGUCAAAAAUAUUACGCAGACUUACAACACGGGUAAUCAUGCAGGAGAUUCCUCAGAUAUUCUUUCGGCUCCAGGAGCACUAAAAUUGGAAAGGGUAAUUUCUCUACUUGAGCAAUGUCGAUCAAACACGACUUCUUCGGAUGAUGAAGAAUGGGGCAUGAGCAUGAUAAGAAAAUCAACAAACAAUGCAUCUCGUAAUAAGGAUCCUAUU